UUUUAUCACAUUAGUUUGCUCACCUUACUCUUACUAUAACGCUCUUAUGUGCAGCGGCCCGCAUAUCAAGUGGUCAACAUAACUGGCUCCUCAUUUGUGUCUAAUUCUAUUGCUUCCUACAUUUAUCUUCUGCUAUACCUAAUCGCGUUUGCUGCAUGCUGAUCGAUCUGAUGACCAUUAAUAUAUUACUAGACACCAGCUUUUCUUUUCACUUCCCAAGAUGCCUUCACUAUCUUCCCUCUUGAAGCGUCGAAGGGAAAGUCAAAAUGAUAACCGCACGAGCUUGAGUCUAAGCGUUACUCCAGAGAAGGUACAAAGAAACUCGAAGCGUAACUUCCUUCGCAAGCUUUUUAAAGUCUCUAGUGCUUCCUCUCGAGAGAAGCGGGAGACAGAACAGGCCGUGGUAAUUUAAUUUUCCGUUCUUUCAUCUGUGGCUCUUUAGUACUUUCUUGGGAUACCGCUGAUAUUACCCGUCAUUAUUCAGAUAGUUCCAACCCCAACUUCCCCAAAUCAACCUUCAAGUCCCAUGUCGAAUCAUAACAAGCCUCUUCCCCCUCCACCGCCAUCAAUCAAGGAGUCUGCAUCUCUAACAGCGAUACCUUCGAGACCUUCCAAAAAGCUCGAUAGGAUAAUAUCACCUCUUACCAAUCAAGAGCUUCAUGAGCUAUUCUCCGGGGCUCCCCAGUUCUAUGCGCGAUCCGAAGGCCAUCACGCAGGCGCACCGCAUCCUUCAGUAGCUUUCCCUUGGGAUUCGAGUGUGCAGAUACGAGAUCUAUCAGAUCAUGUGCAAAUACAAGAUGAGGCAUGGGGAUGUGUCACAGCGUGGCCGCAUAUCACGAGAGAAGCUCCGAUAAGUUUGGAAGGCAUGGAAGUUACUGGGAAACAACCGCGUGCCUGGUUUAUGCCAAGAUGCCGUGAACGGCCGAGUAUGCUCAGUAUGCAAGGCAUGGAGAGAGGAACCGUGGGAUAUCAAGCGGCUUUGGAGCUAGGUGUGGCCGAUGCGCUAGAAGAACCGGAGGAUAUAUUGCCUGAUUCUGGCCCUCUUUCACUAUUUGAUAGGCGAAGAGAAUUCUUAAACGGCAAGGAUGGAAUCAGACCUCUUGAAGAGCACGCUGUUUACGAACAUCUCAUGAAUAUUGGCAACUCAUACCAUGAAGGCCUGAUGCAUAUGCGGACGACUGUCGAGUUAUAUUCGGAACUAUUCACGCAGAUCCUAUUUCCUCCUUCUAGGGUUACUGACGCAGACGAUCCUUACAGCUUGCAGGUUCAAAUUGAGGUUCUCGUGAAGGUUCUAGCUGAACCUCAUAUUUGGGUUGAUUUUACUUCCGUUGAAUGGAGAAUUCGUCUAGGACAGAUACUAUGGGGCCAGCCGCUCGAAACUGAUCUGAGGGACGACUUUUCUACCAAUAGCGAGACAUCCAAUGAAUCUGGGGAUCAGAAGUAUUGGCUGCUGUUGCAAAUACUGCUUUCGUGUGAAUUGUUAUUGCGACUCGAUACAGUAUCUCAAAAUAUCAAUAAUGGUUUAGAGCCUGCCAAACCUGCUGACGUCAAGAAACUCGAAAAGAGCAUGACAUCCAGUGUUAAAUGGUCACUUAUUUUAGCACGAUCCUGGCUCGAGAAUAUCCGCAUCGAACAGAAUGUGUCCGAAGUAAUUCCCGAAAGGAAGCCUUCUGGAUGGUUAGCAACAUUAACUGGAACAUCAACUUCUGUCGAUGAUAGUGCACCACAAGAAAGCGUUCAAACAUAUCAGUUUCGAGGACGACAUGAAAAUCGACAAUUGGCCGGGCUAGUACACUUUGCCCAGAAGUUAAAAUGGCCUCAUUUGGAUAAAUUGACCGGAAAGGUAUUAGCUAAUGAUAUAGUCAUAACGGAAAGUUCUCAGAAUACUCCUGCCUCUGGAACACCUAUGUCUGUUUCGACACAAAAGUCAUCCUACUUCAUGAGCCAAAGACCUGUUUCGCGACGAGGUUUAGCAAGAUCAACACAGAGAAUGUCUGCACUAAUGCAUUCAUCCGGAUGGUUGUCCAAUUCUUACAUUAGUGGACUUAUGCUACCGGGUGAAGGCUUGUGUCAUUUCUUAAUUUCAACGUUACUAGAAAAUGAUGAUGCUGCAGUCGCGAAGCUAGGAGACGAGGCUAACUUGUAUGGAGGGUUUUUAUUUGGUGAAAGAAGCUUCUGGAGCACGGCUUGCAUAGUUGGUAGAGUUUUGGCAGCUGGUAAGGACUCAUCUGAAUGCAUGGGUUGGAUAUCUUCGGAAGUCAAACCCAGGGGUAUUUAUGGCGAGGCUUGGGUCAAUAUUGAUGUAGAGCCAGCAUCACAGGAAGGUAAGGCUUGCCCUUCCAGAAUUCAACCAAUGCGACGACUAACAAGGAAGCGAUAGAUUCUACAACCGAAAUUCCCAGGAUUCUGCAGAAGACUGUCAUCGAAAGAGAUGGAAGUGUCAUUGGUGGAGCGGAUCCUUCAUCAAUACUUCCAGGUGAUUUUGUAGCAGUUUACGACGCGCCGGCUUUACAUCCUCCAUCAAUUAUUUUCGAGUCGCUAGAUCUUUUUGCUGUCGACUCUGAUGAGACGACCCCUACUGAAGAAGAGCCUACCUCAGAAACAGACGUGACUACAGCGCCAAGUAUUAAAACAUACUCUGCAAUGAUGAGAUUCUUAAUGGAUCUUGACGGAGAUGAGAAAAGGGAAAUCAAUGUUGCUCUUACUCAUGAUGUGCAUUUCGUCACUGCUCAUCCAUGUGUCAAGUCUCACAGUAUCGAAGUACUGAAAUCUCCUACAAGCCCGUCAUUUCAAUUACAGGACGGUAGUGAGGAUGGUGAAGUUCCUAAUGCAGAUAUGGGUAUGUAUUUGCGUUCUUUUUCUGUGUCAUGUGCCUUGGAAAAUUAAUAGAGAAUAGGUCAUCCUCUCCAUAAAGCUUUCACUUACACAAUCAUACCCUUACAUCAUAUCCUGACAUCUCCCGCCUCUAAAUCUCUCUCCUCUCUGCUCCUAUCACCACCUAUCUCGCCAAUCGAAAGUUCUUCGCCCAUACAAUCGAGCGCCCACACUACCACGAGUAAUAUACGAAAGGUCCUAGUAAUUGACUGUAAUAGUACGCUGAUACUGCCGGCAUCACCUCCAGAUGAUGCGGAUGUAGAAGAUGUGAAUGAUGCGACGAGUAAUGAAGUCAGCGGUGAAACCCCAAGUAAGAAUAAAAAAGAAUUUGGCAGUGAUGCGGAAAUGUUAGCCAGGGCGUUAUGUGCGGAAAGGGGAUGGAAUGCUCUGGUUAGUAGGAGAGGAAGAGGAUGUUUAGCUUGUGCUAUUAGAGAGGCUGGUGCUUUAAGGUGGGAGGUCGUGGUGAGGGUUUAGUAGUGAGGAGACGGUAGCAGAUUUGUAUACUUUGUAAAGGAGAGUGUGAUUUUAUGAAUAAUAAGGGUCUGGAUGAGAUGGGAUAUAUGUGAUGGGAUAGGUUGGGAUGGGAUGGGAUGGUAUGGGAUAUGUUUCAUGAUGUUAUGCAUGGUGUGUUGUGUUGUGUUGCGUGUCGUUGUUUGUUAUUGCAUGGAAUAUUAAGUGAUACCCGCCGUUUAGGCAUUUAGUUUAUGGUACUUAAUGGAUGGAU